UUUGACCUCUCCUUCUCCAUCCACUAAUCUAAUACCCUCUAGGAGCUAUUAUGAUACUGUAAGUUUUAUAACAAUGGCGAAGCUCAUACCCGCAGUAGCUCUUAUUAGCGUUCUCUUGUUCAUCAUUGCCAAUGCCUCUUUUGCCUACAGAACCACUAUCACCACUGUUGAGGUCGACGACACCAAUACACAGGAGAGAUGCUUCCGGGAUCUUCGCGGGAAGAAAUUCAGGGCCUGUCAGAUGUACUUGUCGCAAUCAAGUUCAAGGAGAUCAACAGACGGAAAAGUGUUGGAGAUGCCCGGAGAAAAAGACCAGCAGGAGAGGCAUCAGCUUCAGGAGUGCUGCAAUGAAUUAAAGCAAGUGAGAGAUGAAUGCCAAUGUGAGGCACUCCAGGUUGCAGUCGAGAAGCAGAUUGAGAGUGCACAGCAGAUGCAAAGAGAACAGUACCAGGAGGUGAUGCAGAAGGCAAGGAGCAUUCCAUCUUCCUGCGGCCUGCCCGAGCAGUGCCAAAUCCGAACAUUCUUCUUCUGAAUGCCCACCUGCAGGGCAGGUUACUAUAUCGCUGUGCUAGUAAAUAAAGUUCGUUACUCACCAACUUAUGAUCAUGUUUGUGUGAGUAAUGCGUGUUUUCAAUAAAAGUAAGCACAUGUAAAUUUAAGCACACCAAAGUAUUUUCCUUUUAUUAUGUGAACGUCUUUGAAUUUU